CCCAAACCCACUUGUCGCGUGCUGCCUCGCGAGCCUCACGCAAGGUUCAACAUUGACAGCGCUAACACGCUUACUCUUGCUCUCUUUCCAGUCUCAACGGUCUGCCAAGGUCUAGCCACUUCGUUUUCCGGCAUCUGGUUGCGAUGCAACCACACCUGUGCCAGUCUACGCGAGGCUGUGGACUCCAUACUCUCGCAUCAUCGCAUCAACACCUCGGCGGUUACUCCUUUCUGCAACAACUCCCAUGGUUGACCAUCUCAAUGGCUUCACUGCCAAGUCGAGACCCGACCGCCACGCAUGGCGCCUCCGAUCGCGAGGCCUCCAUCGCAGCCUCGCUCACUCCAUCUCCCGUACUCAUAAGGCCUCCAUUUAAUCCUUCCGAAAUUGCAGUGGCACCUCUUGUCUUCCCACCAACUCUUGUCACUCGCUCGAGCCCAUCGUUUGUUGGAAAAUGCCCCGACCCGUUGACCUCGCCCUCCGUGAGGGAGAUUAUGACAAUGUCCUUUCGGCCUCCGUCCAGGAAGACGUGAAGCAAGACAUUGUCGGUCCCCUCAAAGGCGAGCAGCAAGUGCCGCUUGCCAAAGUCCCUUCGUUCAGUCUUUGGUCAAGGCAGAGUUAUAGCUUCUUGACGAGGAAGUCGUCUUCGGGCACUUCAUCGUCUGGGGCACCGACUCCUGCUUUGACUCUUUCCCGCGCUCCUUCGGGCUAUGCGUCUGAGACUGCAACGCCCGUGGAUGACUCUCGGGAUUACUUCUCUACUUUCAAGCUGUCGCGAAAGCUCAGCUACGCUCUCAAGCAGGGAGAGAUCCCUCGCACUCGAUCGAGCGUGUCCACCAAAUCCGUCCCUGAGGAGCCGGCCUCCAGCAGCGACGAUGCAUCUUCUCUCGAAUUGCCUUCCACUGGAGCUACUCCCUCCACCUACGAGGCCACCGACGAUUCUUCCAUUGGCGUGGCACGCUCCGUCGACAACAUUUCCGUUGAUGAAGCUUCCAUUCGCUUGGCACGCUCCGUGGACUUCUCCGUUGGCGUAGCACGCUCCGUCGGCAUCGCCGUCGACGAUGCUGCAUCCGAGCAAGGCGCCAACGUUACGGUCUUGCCAGUGCCUCGCAUUCCUGAAGCCGCACUGCGAUCUACCAGUACGCCCAACCUGCAUCAGCCUACCGCCCGACCUGUCCUCCCACAACGGCAAUCUUUGCCAACUAUCACGGACGAGACUACAGAUGUCUCUUUCCUUGCUCAAUUGCAAAGCCCGGAAUUGAACCUGGCCCUUCGUCAACCUUUGGCCGCCUUCCAGCCUCCGCGACCGCGCGUGCAAGACAUUGACGAUGAUAUCGACAUUGAGAUGGCCGACGGUCAACACCAAAGAGUCGUCGCCACUGCCGACGAUGAAGGCGUCACCCCCAGCGACUCCGCGAGCCAGGACUCCAAUACCAGCAUCUGGGGCCGGACCAAACAGAUGUACAUCGACACAUACUGCCCAACGGAGACACCCCCAUUGCUCCUGCCGACCGGCCCGACCGACGUGGAGAAGGUAUCGUACCUCAAGACCAACCGCAUCCCGCUGUAUGCCUUUGGCGUCUUCUCCUUCCUGAGUCUCUCCGCUGGCAUGUGGCUCUUCACCGUCUCGACCGUCUACUUGUACUGGUUCGGCGCCGUGGUCUUCCUCUUGCAACUCUACCUGAUCAUCUCGUACACCGUCUCCAUCUGUGGCAAAGACUACGACUACAAGAAGCACCAGAAGAUGGUGGAAGACAAUCCUAUCAACGAAUUGACCGCGCCCACCGUCGACAUCUAUCUUCCUUGCUGCAAGGAGCCCAUCGAGGUCCUGGAGAACACGUACAAGUACGUCACCGAGCUCAAGUGGCCUGCCGGCAAGAUCAAGGUGUUCGUCUUGGACGAUGGUGCCCAGGAUGAGGUCCGAGAUAUGGCUGCCAAGUACAACUUCGAAUACAUUGUGCGCGGUGAUCGCCCUCGCCUGAAGAAGGCUGGUAACCUUCGAUGGGCCUUUGCUCGCACUUCGGGAGACUUCUUUGCCAUCUUCGAUGCGGAUUUCUGUCCCCGCCCCGACUUCCUCAACGAGAUUAUGCCAAUUCACAUGUCCAAGACCGACACCGCCAUCGUGCAGACUCCCCAGUUCUUCCGAACCUCGGACAAGCAGACGUGGGUCGAGCAGGGUGCCGGCUCGGUGCAGGAGCUGUUCUACCGAGUCGUCCAGAUCAACCGCAACCGCUGGGGCGCGUCCAUCUGCGUGGGCAGCAACGCCGUCUACCGCCGCGAGGCAUUGGCGGAGGUGGGCGGCACUGCCGAGAUCGGAUUCUCCGAAGACGUCCACACCGGCUUCUACGCCUUGACUCGCGGCUGGAAGGUCCGGUACCUUCCUCUCUGCCUGGCCUGCGGCAUCUGCCCGGACACCCCGAAAGCUUUCUUCAGCCAGCAGAUGCGCUGGUGCAUGGGCUCCACCACUCUCCUCACCAACAUGGACUUCUGGAGAUCCUCGCUCAGCCCCGUGCAGAAGAUCUGCUACCUCUCCGGCAUGAUGUACUACUCCGCCGUCUCGCUGUCCAUCUUCCUCAGCCCCAUGCCCGGUUUGAUGAUGAUCUGGGCGCGCCCGGACUACGUGCACUACUACAACUUGGCCUUCGCCUUCCCCUCCAUCCUCUACUCUCUGAUCGCCCUGCGACUCUGGGCCAAAUCCUCCUACGGCCUGAACGUCCAACAUAUCAUGUACAUCCAAUCUUUCGCCUACCUCACCGCCAUCAAAGACCGGCUGUUCGGGCGAGCACUAGCCUGGGUGCCGUCGGGAGACACCAAGUCGCACAAGAACAACAAGUACCGCAACAUGCGCAUCCUGGCUUGCUGUUGGAUGGGCACCAUCUUCGCCACGCUCAUUUCGGGCAUCACGUAUCAGAUUCUGCGCGGGGGCUUGAUCUGGUAUGAUACGAUUCCGCUGAUCUGUUUGGACACGUUUAAUCUGUAUAUUGCUCAUCGCUUCUUGUUCUGGCACGGGAAGAUUUGAUUUGCGUUUGGGAUGGGUGGCGUUUUGGUAAAAGGUCCUGGGUAUAGACUAGAUGUCAAUUCAAUGCUGUUGAUCAGCUUCACGCACAACUCCACUACUCGUUUAUACUUUCGAAGGCCUAUCAACACCUCGUAUCGUAC